GCCACACCCCACUGUCGGAAUCCUCCCAGAAUGAUGAUGGAGGAUCACCUCAGCAAGAGCUCCAUGCUGCCCUCCUCAUCGCCUAGUGAGUCCUCAGGGAGCAGCAGCACAGAGGACGGCCAUGGAGCGAAGAGCCCGGCGCCCGGCAAAGCCCUGAGCCCCGCGUUGCUCUGCAAGGUGUGCGGAGACACCAGCAGCGGGAAGCACUACGGCAUCUACGCCUGCAACGGCUGCAGCGGCUUCUUCAAGCGCAGCGUCAGGCGGCGGCUCAUCUACAGGUGCCAGGCCGGCACGGGUAUGUGCCCUGUGGACAAGGCCCACCGUAACCAGUGCCAGGCCUGCCGCCUGAAGAAGUGCCUGCAGGCGGGCAUGAACAAGGAUGCGGUGCAGAAUGAGCGGCAGCCGCGCAGCACCGCCCAGGUGCGGCUGGAUGCUGUGGAUGCAGACGCAGCGGAGAAGGAGCACCUGGCCACCACGCGGGAGCCCACGUCCUCGUCCUCAUCCUCGUCCUCGUGCUCAGUCAUCACGCGGCCGCACAUCAGCUCCUCGCUCAGCUCGGCGACGGUGGCGGUGGUGCAGCACUGUUCCAGCCCGCAGAAUAACCACCGCUUCAUGGCCAGCCUGAUGACGGCGGAGACCUGCGCCAAGCUGGAGCCGGAAGAUGUGGAUGAGAACAUCGACGUGACGAGCAAUGAGCCAGAGAGGUCCUCCACUGAGUACCACGUGUCGCUGUACCCUCCCAGCAGCCCCGAGAGCGUUUAUGAAACCUCAGCCCGCUUGCUUUUUAUGUCCGUCAAAUGGGCUAAGAAUCUGCCGGUGUUCUCCAACCUGCCUUUCAGAGACCAGGUGAUCCUCCUGGAGGAGGCAUGGAGUGAGCUCUUCCUGCUCUGCGCCGUCCAGUGGUCCCUGCCCCUGGACAGCUGUCCCCUGCUCUCGCUGCCGGACCUCUCGCCACCCCCGCAGAGCAAAGCCAGCCUCUCAGGAGCUGACCUGCGUGUGCUGCAGGAGGUGUUCAGCCGCUUUAAGGCCCUUGCUGUGGACCCCACUGAGUUUGCCUGCCUCAAGGCCGUCGUCCUCUUCAAGCCCGAGACCAGGGGUUUGAAGGACCCCGAGCAGGUGGAGAACCUGCAGGACCAGUCUCAGGUGAUGCUGGGCCAGCACAGCCGGACGCAUUACUCAGGCCAGCCUUCCAGGUUUGGGAAGCUGCUCCUGCUACUCCCCUCCCUGCGUUUCGUGACCUCCGAGCGGAUCGAGCUGCUCUUCUUCCAUAGGACCAUCGGAAACACCCCCAUGGAGAAGUUGCUCUGUGACAUGUUCAAAAACUAA